CUUGCCAGUUCUAUUCCAUCCUUCUGAACAAAUGGCAUCUCAAGGACCACAAGGACCAGCGCCUCCACAGCAGCAAACCUUUCGGCUAGCGGUAAUAUGUGCCAGCAAUCAAAAUCGGAGUAUGGAGGCGCAUAACGUACUGCAGAAAGCCGGAUACGUACUCUCAUCAUAUGGAACUGGAAGUGCUGUGCGGCUUCCUGGGCCCGCUGCUGAUAAGCCCAAUAUAUAUCCUUUCGGGGUUCCCUAUAACGACAUCUUCAACGACUUGCUGAAGAAAGAUCCGCAACUUUACAAAGCGAACGGUCUCUUGCCAAUGUUAGACAGAAAUAGAAGAAUAAAGCGCGCGCCGGAAAGGUUCCAGGAAGCUCGGGACGUUUUCGAUGUAAUAAUAUCUUGUGAGGAACGAUGUUUCGAUUCUGCAUGCGAGGAUCUGGACAACCGACCGUCAGAGCUGAAUCGCCCAGUACACCUGGUGAACAUCGAGAUCAAAGAUAAUCAUGAAGAAGCUGCAGUUGGCGGCCAGCUGAUACUGCAACUAGUGAACAUGAUAGCACAAUCCAAGGACCGAGACGCGGAAAUGGACAUGAUUCUGGAUGAUUUUGCCGCGCGAACCAAUGCGCAGGUUCUCCAUACAGUAUCCUUUUAUUAAUGUUAUAAUUCCAAAAAUCGGGUGUUGCAAAUCUGCUUAAACGACGGAGGAAAAGAGAGGGGGCUGUGAUGCUUCCAUAAGUAUAAUAUAAUCUACAUGCACGGUCAUCUGUGCAACGGCAA